AUAUUUGAACUUAUGGUAGAUACUGAGAAAUGAUUACUUUAGUAUGAUAAGUUAUUUUUGAUUUUUUUGAUGAUCACUUAUAACUUGCAAAUUUUGGUUAUGGUAAAAGAAUAUCCCUGCCAUCAUACUGGCAACUGACAAAAAGGAGUUUGCAAGUGAGUUUAUCAUAGAUAUUAAAGAAAUCAUUUAAAUAACCGAAGAAACCUUCAAUUUUGGUGGAACAAUGAAGCAUUUUAACUGUUUUGUUAUUACAUAUUUACCUCUCUCCCACUCUGAUCAAUGCUGUCAACUUAUUAACUGUAAGUCCCACAACGUACAAAGCCAACGAAUCAACAAACAACAGGCCAACUUUCUAGGUUGGUUGGCUGGUUGGAUAAAAUAUGCGCAUCAAUUACACUGAAACAUACCUUACUCUUUUUGGUCAUCAAAUUCCUCAAGCCACAUUAUUUCAUAUCUCACUUAACUGGGAAAUUUACUUGAUUUCUUCCAUUAAUCCUUUACUCUCUUUCCUGUGAAAGAUUAUGGACAGACAACACCGCCAGGGGCAAGCCAAAAUCACCACUCUUGGAAGUGAAGAGGUUAGUAGUAUUGAGUGGGAGUUUAUUAAAAUGACUGAACAGGAAGAGGAUCUCAUCUACAGAAUGCGCAGGCUUGUUGGAGACAGGUGGGAUUUAAUAGCUGGCAGGAUUCCAGGGCGGAGAGCUGAGGAAAUAGAGAGGUUUUGGAUAAUGAGACACAGUGAAGGAUUCGCCCAGAAAAGAAAAGAGUACAAUGGAAAAGAGUUCUAAAAGAAUUUGGUCUUUUGCCUUUGAUGGCUGUAAAUAGCUUCUUAUUUAUGUGAUUCUUCUCCAUUUUUUACCCAUAUCUUGUACAACAGAUUUGAAAAUACUUAUCCUUCUUGUUUCUCCUUCUUGCACUUGUUCUAUAAAUAGCCUUUCUUGUUUGCCCUAGAUCCUAAUAGCACAAGGCAGGCAGGCAAAUUAUUCAAUGAAAACUCUCAAAUUUGAUCUUCAUCCGUGUUGGCUUCUGAAUAAAAUGAAACCCCUUUUAUUGCACAUACCGAUUAAAGUGAACAGUACUUAACUGCUUAUGUUUUGCACUUUUGCUUUCUUAAUCUGGUAUACCUUCUGUCACUUAAUAGUUGGUGUUAGUUCCCUUUAUAAAGAGUAGAUCUUCCAAUCAUGGUGUAAGUUCUGACUUUGAAACAAAAAGAAACAUUGAUGUCAAAAUUUUCAGCUAUAUAAAACUCGGGGGAAAAGUCUCAAGGCAUUUCUGAACCUGGACCUUCCAAACUUAACAACUGCUACUUCUUUGGAGUAAUUUAUUUAAGCUGCCACUUUGAUUGGUAACAUGACAUAAGAUAAAGUUUUACAGUUCGGA